AUGGCUUGCACGGCGGCCGAUGCAUCGGCAAUACGCGGCAAAGGUGAUACACGUGUUGCCAUUGAGCCCCAUCAUCUGAUGCCACGUCGAAAGAACUCUGCAUCUGACCAGCAGGCAUGGGACUGGCUGCGAUGUCAAAGCGGUGGUGGUCAGCGUCCAGACGCAAAAAGCCCAAUGGCCACGGGAGGACGACGCCUGGCUAGGCGGCAAACAAGCCAAUCAUCCGACCAACCGGACGAGGGUGCGCUCAAUCCGUGUCACCCUGUUGUUGCCUUGCAGUCGACGGCGCUGUCCUUGGCUCCCAGGUAG